AUGGUUGGACUUGGCCCUAAGCACCCGCAAUCCCGGAAGGGGUCCAUGCACGAGCUGCCCCAGAACUUGUUGGAGCCUAUUAAGGAAUUCGAGAAGGCUUUCACCGUCGAUCGCUCCAAGCUUAAGGAGAUCGUGAACCACUUCGUCAAGGAGCUUGAGAAGGGUCUGAGCGUUGAGGGCGGCAACAUUCCCAUGAACGUUACCUGGGUCCUGGACUUCCCCGAUGGACAUGAGCGGGGUACCUACUUGGCCCUCGAUAUGGGCGGCACCAACCUACGUGUUUGCGAGAUUACCUUGACCGAGGAGAAGGGCGCCUUCGAUAUCACACAAUCCAAGUAUAAGAUGCCCGAGGAGCUGCGGACUGGAACUGCCGAAGAGUUGUGGGAGUACAUCGCCGACUGCUUGCAGCAAUUCGUCGAGACCCACCACGCCGGAGAAAACCUCACCAAGCUGCCUCUUGGUUUCACUUUCUCCUACCCCGCCACACAGGAGUACAUCGAUCACGGUAUUCUGCAGCGCUGGACCAAGGGCUUUGACAUUGACGGUGUCGAGGGUAAGGAUGUCGUUCCCCCUCUGGAGGAGGUCUUGAAGAAGCGGGGUCUUCCCAUUAAAGUUGCAGCCCUUAUCAACGACACCACCGGUACCCUCAUUGCUUCCUCUUACACCGACUCCGCCAUGAAGAUUGGCUGCAUCUUCGGUACCGGUGUCAACGCCGCAUACAUGGAGAACGCAGGAUCCAUUCCCAAGAUUGCCCACAUGAACCUGCCCGCCGAUAUGCCCGUCGCCAUCAACUGCGAAUACGGAGCCUUCGACAAUGAGCACGUGGUCCUGCCCCUCACCAAAUACGAUGACAUCAUCGAUCGCGACUCCCCCCGCCCCGGCCAGCAAGCCUUCGAGAAGAUGACCGCUGGUCUGUACCUCGGCGAGAUCUUCCGUCUCGCACUAAUUGACCUGGUCGACAACCGCCCUGGUCUGAUCUUCAACGGCCAGGAUGUCACCCAGCUCCGCAAGCCCUACCUGCUCGAUGCCUCCUUCCUCGCCCACAUCGAAGAGGACCCCUAUGAGAACUUGACCGAGACCCUGGAUCUCUUCGACAGCAAGUUGAACAUCCGCCCCACAGAGCCGGAACUGGAGCUUAUCCGCCGUCUCGCCGAGCUGAUCGGUACCCGUGCCGCUCGUCUGUCCGCGUGCGGAGUCGCCGCUAUCUGCACCAAGAAGAACAUCGAGUCCUGCCACGUCGGUGCUGACGGCUCCGUCUUCACCAAGUACCCCCUCUUCAAGGAGCGUGGUGCCCAGGCUCUGCGUGAGAUCCUCGACUGGGCCCCUACCGAGAAGGACAAGGUCUCCAUCCUGGCUGCCGAGGAUGGUUCCGGUGUUGGUGCUGCCCUGAUUGCUGCCCUGACACUCAAGCGUGUCAAGGCCGGUAACCUCGUUGGUGUCCGUAAUAUGGAUGACAUGAAGACCCUGCUUUGA